UGCACGUAUCCCUCUGAAGUCAGCACGUGCAAUAUUUGUUGGGAAAACUGUACUGUCAGAGCUCUGGCUAGUAGUCUUUCUGUUUAGUGCGUGGACUGACUAGAGCAGUCAGGUUGGUACUUUCAUUUGUUUGUGUUAACGAACAACACAGACGAAACGUUACAUCUUGCAACAUUGUAGCAUGGCUGGCAGCACCAUCAAGACAGUAUACGAUAUAUUUCAAUCCAUGGACUACGGACCGACUAGCUCAAGCACUGCUACAGCUCAGGCUUGGCUUGAGCAUCAGUCUGGUGCUCUCGGCCUGUUCAUUGACGGAAGGUUUGUCCUCCCAGCUGGAAGACAAACAUGCAGUGUGACUGACUCUUCAGGUGGUAGUGUGUGUACUACAGUGUGUGCCACAGAUGAGGAUGUGUCCCUGUCUGUGUCCUCUGGAGCCAGUGGGUUCAAGGCUUGGAGUGCCUUACCCUGCCACGUGAGAGCCAAGACUCUACUCAGGCUGGUGAGUGGCCUCCAGAGAUAUGGUCAGUGUUUGUCUGAGCUCUGUGACCUGGCCCAGUCUCCCAGUUCCUUCUCAGCACUGGUCAGGCUGCUGCAGUACUACUCUGGCUGGGCUCAGCUCCGUGACACCCUCCUCCCUGACUGGACACCACGAGGUUUGGUGGCAGUGGUUGUUUCUGAUGACUGCUCCCUCUACUCGCUCAUGCUUAAAGCCCUACCAGCCCUGGCCAUGGGCAACACAGUGGUAGUGAUCCCUGGCGUGGAGACAGCCAUUCCUGCUCUCCUGUUGGCUCAGCUGUUUGUAGAAGCGGGACUUCCUGCUGGGGUGCUUAAUGUGGUCACAGGCAAUGUUCUGUCACUGGCGUCCACAGUGGCUCAAAAUCCGCUCACUAGUUACGUCACCUACAGUGGCAAUAAGAACGAUGGAGAGAAGCUGUGCAGAGCCACGGCUGGCAUGGGGGUUCCAGUCUCUCUCUCCAUCUCCCUCGGUGCCACCUGUCCCUUCAUCAUCUUUGAGUCAGCUGACAUCGACAGCGCUGUAGAUGGAGUGAUAGAGACAGCCUUUAAGAAGAAGAGAGAGUGCCAGUGGCUACUGUGUGUCCAGGAGUCAGUGUUGGAUAUUGUUGUGGCCCGUCUGAAGUCACGGAUGGCAGGGAUGAAAAGCGUUCCUCUUCAGAAAGAAGGGGAUCGGAGGCUGGUGGACGCUGCAGUAGAGGAGGCCCAACAGCAGGGGGCCACGCUGAUCCAGCCAUGUGCCCCGUCCCCUUCUGGUGCCUCCUACCCCCCAACCGUGCUGUGCGGAAUGGCCCCUUCCUGUCCCUGUGUGGUGACCCCACCCCCUGGGCCCCUUCUGCCACUCCUCUCCUUCAGGAGCCAAACGGAAGGUGUCACACUGGGUAACCACAGCCCGCACGGCUAUGCUGCCUCUCUCUGGACGGAAGACCUCACUCUGGCUCUGGAGGCUGCCAAGGGUCUUUCUGUUGGUUCAGUGUGGGUCAAUUCCCACUCUGUUCUGGAUCCUUCCCUGCCUCUUUCUGGACACAAGGAGAGCAGCAACUGCACCGACGGAGGGAAGGAGGGUCUUUUCCAGUUCCUCCGGCCCUCCUCCUCUUCUCCUUCACUCCCCCGCUCCUCUCCAACCUCUCUGGAUUACUCCAGGUUUGGGACGGCGACCUCAGCGGCCAUCAUUCCCCAAGGACCUGAUUCCUCCAGUUGCCCUCGUUCCUACCUGCAGUAUGUGGGGGGAAAGCAGUGUAAGUCUGAGUCGGGCAGCAGUGUCUCCGUCCUGGCACCAGAUGGCGCUGUGCUGGCCUACUGUCCAGAUGCGGGGAGGAAAGACGUGCGCAACGCCGUGGAGGCUGCCAUUAAAGUCCAACCUGGUUGGAUGAAGAGGAGCCCUACGGAUCGGGCUCAGUCCCUCUUCACCCUGGCCAAAGCUUUGGAGAUGAAGAGGCGGGACUUGGCCGCGUCACUUCAUUCUCAGACAGGUCUCUCAUUGGAGGAGGUGGACAAGGAGGUGGAGCUCAGCAUUGCUCAGCUCUAUGAUUGGGCAGCUCGCUGCGAUAAGGAAACGGGCGGAAUUCUGCCUGUCCCACAGUCAGGUUCGGCUCUUUCCAUCCCAGAGGCCCUAGGGGUGGUGGGUGUGGUUCUCCCUGACUCCUCUCCCCUCCUCUCUAUGGUCUCCCUGCUGGUGGCUGCUGUUGCCAUGGGCAACGCUGUCGUCAUGGUGCCCAGUCCCAAGAACCCGUUGCCAGCUCUAGAGUUUAUCCAGGUUCUCCAGUCCUCUGAUAUUCCAGCAGGUGUGGUCAACAUUUUAACUGGUGGCAGAGAUCAGCUGACCCAAGCUCUAGCCAAUCACAGUGUCAUUAAAGCCAUAUGGUACUGGGGCAGUGUGGAGGGUUGCCAGUACCUCCAGCACACAUGUGCCAGCCCUCUGAAGAACCUGUGGCUUCACUGCCUGGAGGAGAAGGAUGGAGGGAGAGUCUGGAGCCAGCCUCCUCCCUCGCUUCUGGAGGAGAGGUGGAGACGGGCUGUCCAGUGGAAGAGUGUUUGGAUCCCCACCGCUUAGAGAGGGAGAGGAGAAAGGGGGGAGAGAGGAACAAGAAGAAGGUGGAGGGAGGGAGAAGGGAGAGAGAAAGCUGGAGAAUUAGAAUGAGUAAUGAGGAAUAUUUGAAAUCAGAUUUCUAAGAACAGGGAGGGUGUGUAUGGUCCUUAGUCCCAUUCUGGGAAUUAACCACGGGGAGAAGGGGGGGGGUAAGGUGAGCGUUGGAGGACAUCGUAGUGAGAGACACUAUUUGUUUGAGUGGGUCUUUCACAUUCCAUUUUAAAAUGCACUUAAUAGACCAACAACAAAACGGACUGCCGGUCAGGCAGACGAUUUGGGAAUAUUCAAUCAUACGCAACUUCCUCUUUCAUGACGAAGGCUGUGGUUACUAUAAAAACCAGACAUGUUCCAGCAUUUUCCGACAGUCAUGAUGACUCUGAUGUAAUCACAGCAAAUAGAUGGAGCUAUGUUAUGGCGUUUUAUGGAAAACUGUUAUAAACGGUUAUAACCCUUAUGCAUCGGUUACUACUACCUCUCUGUUAUGCCUUGUUAUAGGCAUUGCUGAUGCAUGGUCUGCUACAGGAACUUAGCCUUAGCCAACAAUAACCAAAAUGUUUUCCUUUAUAGCCUUAUCUAUAAUGUUCAGUUAAAAAUAAAAUAUGUUUGGUGGUGUUGGUACCCAUGAGAAGUUAAUCUAGCCAUUCCAAUGUUGUUUAUUAAAACAGUUAGUUCUGUUCUUACGAAGUCUUCAACGGUGUUGCAUACAUUAGGCCUUCUUAUUCAUUUAUUUUCUUUAUUGUUCAUGUUCGAAGUAUUAUGAUUGUUAAUGAUCAUGUAGUUGUAAAGUUUUAGGACCUGUAAUAAAACUAUUGUAACCUUA